GUAGGCCGCCGGGGACCGGCAAAUACGCACGAACAGGGGUGAAAAGGGGUUUCGGGCAUCCCUCAAGGAGGCAUGGGAAGACGAGACAGGGAGAGGCUGACGUGGACAGUUCAUGCUGAGGUGGAUCCCCUUGCAUGUCCACAGGAAGUGGCGCCGUCGACGAGCAAAUCCGAUGGUAGGAUAGGAUCCGAAGGCAUCGAGUUGAAUCUCCGAUCUUCAUUCAUUCGAUUCGCAAUUCGCAAUUCGCAAUUCGGGCGCCAUCAUAGGCAGCGAGCGCCAAAACUUUGACGCAGGCGGGAUAACGAAGUUGAAGACAGCGUUGCAAAAGAGGAGGGAGAGCGGGAAGGCGGGAAGGCGGGAAGGAAUGCUUUUGAUUGGUGCCGCCUUUCUGUAGCUCGUGUUUGCGCGUUUAUUCUAGCGGGAAGACAGCGUCUAUUCUAGCGGAAAAAAGGUUGACAGGGAACCGGGCGGCAGGUCGGGAUUGCGCGUCGCGACACGGAUGAACGAGCGGGGGACAGAAGAGUCGGUGGAGGGCAUUGGCGCGUACGUGUAGCUUUUCUUCUGGCUGGCUGGCUUCAGUGCAUGGAUGCUGGUAGCAGGUGGAUUCCAGGAGGGUGGGUGGCGGGUGUGCGCGUGUCUGCUAGCCGCUCGUUUUCGGGGAAGUUGUUUGACGUGGAGGAAGGAAAUCGAGGCAGGAGGAGGGAAGAGAGGAAGGAGAGAGUUUUGGAUGGGAUCCCGGCGAUCGUUGGGCCAGCAUCAUGAAUGGCUCGUGUGCGCGCAGCGAUGAAGAGUCACGCGCGCCCAAGCGCGCUCGCAGCGAGGAUGCGGUGAAGUCGCCGCAGAGCAUAUGCGGCAGUGGAGGCGGCGGCGCCGCCGCUUCCGCGUGGGUGGGGACGGAUCGGGCUCUACCUAGGCGAGAGCCGACGGAUCGGGUCCAGGUUAGACGGGAGCCAACGGAUCGGGGAGAGAAAGGCGGGGUAGAGGCGGAGGCGGAGCUGUCGGCUCAUGCGAACGGCGGAGAGGAAGAGGUCGACGACAGCGGAUUGCCACGUGUCGCAGAGGUCAGGGAAAUGGCUAAGAAACUCAAAAGCGAGAGAAUCUCCAGGGUGAAGGAACUGGUUUCGCAAAUCGAAUCUCUGGAGUUUCAGUUGAGCAUUGCUCGAGAGAAGCUUAAGGAGGCAGAUACGCUGUGGCAGCAAGUAGAAGCCACUGGUGGGGAUAAUCGAGCUAUCUCGCCGGAAACAAUGCUGUUGCUGAAAAGGCAGCUGGAGAACAGGUGGACAGAAGAUGGAAGUGGUGGCAAAGACAAAGACGUGAGAAGAGACAGCAUGAGAGAGAGAGAGAAGGGUGUGGGAGCUAAGGAUGUGCGCAUGGAUGAGAGAGUGAGGCAAGGGGGUGGUGGUGCUGCAAAUGAUGUUCGACCUCGAGAGGAACAGCAUGGUGGCAGUGGCAGAGCAGCAGCAAUGACUGGGAGGCCUCAGACUGAGCCUAUGCCUAGGGUUUCAACAGCUCCGAGGGAGAGGAGAGAGGAUUCUGGCCCAUCGUCCAGGCCAUCAACGGGUGGUAACAUGGGGAGGAGCAGUGAGGGUAUGCCUAGGAGCUCGUCUGCUGCUCCUGCUGCUGUGGGGCCUAAGCCAACUCCCGUGCCACCACAACAGCCUUCUUCUGCAAGAGUCGUAUCUGCAGCAGUGCAGCAGAACGCUGCCAUUGCCCGAGGGUCACCUCAUUCUUCCCAGCCGUCGCCGCCUCCUCCGAAGAGACCGCGGAUUGAUCCCCCACCAAUGGAUGGACCGUAUGCCAUCCGCCAUCCCAGCGAAACAGUCCUUAUACCUCAGGUGAACUUGAGCAAAGAACCUACACCUCUCAGCGGAUUACGGCCACCCAAAAUUUUCCCAUGCGGUCACAAGAGGAAAAUGCGGACAUUGGUUUUCAAUCCGGCAGAUCCAGAACAGAUGCUUACCAGGGCUGUGGAAUGCAGCAGAGCAGAACGAAGCACAUCGCAUGAAUGAAUGAAGUGUGAGUAAUGAAGCCUUUAUACUCCA